AUAAUUAUGUGAAAUCAACACGUGCCUUGCACGUGAAACAUUCUACUAGUAAUAUAAAAGUAAAACGAAACGUAGAAACCCUAACAAUUUCCUUUCAUUCAAGCUUUAACGUUGCCGGUUCUCUCAGCCGCCGCCCUUUCUCAAAGCCGAGCUGCAGGAAGAUGGAUUCUCAGGUAAAGCACGCUGUGGUGGUGAAAAUUAUGGGCCGAACUGGUUCAAGAGGACAGGUGACUCAAGUGAGAGUCAAGUUUCUCGAUGACCAGAACCGGUUCAUCAUGAGGAACGUCAAGGGACCAGUCAGGGAAGGUGACAUUCUCACCUUGCUCGAGUCCGAGAGGGAAGCUAGGAGGUUGCGUUGAUGGGAAUCUGUCCUCAUGUUGAUUUCUUGCUCUUUCUUUUUGCAGUCUUGUUUUGGUUUGAUACAAAUUUAAUUUUAUUUUAGUGAAUGGGAGGGGGAGACCAUAAUCAGUCCAUGUGAGUUUAGUUCUAUGUUUUGGUACUACUGUUAUUAGCAUCUCAGAGUUUUGAUUUAUUAAGGUGAAAUCGAUUUGUGAGCUCUGAAAUGUUUUGAAUUGUCAAAAUGUGGAGAAAGCAUUUUUCUUUUUUUAAAAAAUCAAAUAGAUAGGCUUUGCUUUC